CGGCGGGCGCACGAGCGGCGGCGGAGCGGGGGCCGCGGGCUCGGCGAGUUGACGACAUGCUAAUCGCGUUCAACAACACAGCCAACCUCACAGACCUGGCGCUCGGCCCAGACCUCCCCACCAGCCCCUACAGCCUCGCCCAGAAGAUUGUCAUCGCCAUCAUCGCCAGCGUCCUCUCAGUGCUCACCGUCGUCGGCAACUCCUUGGUCAUGAUCAGCUUCAAGAUCGACAAGCAGCUGCAGACGAUCAGCAACUACUUCCUUUUCUCGCUGGCGGUAGCCGACUUCGCUGUCGGUCUCAUAUCGAUGCCCCUCUUCACGAUGUUCACAAUUUAUGGCUACUGGCCGCUCGGGCCGCACGUUUGCGACACCUGGCUCGCGCUGGACUAUCUCGCCUCCAACGCAUCAGUGCUCAACCUCCUUAUCAUAAGUUUCGAUAGGUAUUUCAGUGUUACGAGACCUUUAACGUAUAGGGCUAAAAGGACUACACGGCGCGCCACUGUGAUGAUAGGAGGGGCGUGGGGAUUUAGCUUAUUACUCUGGCCUCCAUGGAUUUAUGCCUGGCCGUAUAUAGAUGGCGAGAGGAAAGUGCCUCCGAAUGAGUGUUACAUCCAGUUUAUAGAGACUAAUCAGUUUAUUACGUUCGGGACGGCCAUUGCGGCGUUUUAUGUGCCAGUGACAGUUAUGUGUAUAUUAUAUUACAAGAUUUGGAGGGAGACGAAAAAGCGACAGAAGGAUUUGCCAAAUCUUCAAGGCGGGAAGAAACACGACUCGUCGAAAAGAUCGAAUUCAAGUGACGAGACACGAGAAAUCGACGCACGCGCUCGCUCGGAGUCUGGUGAUGCGGACUCCGUUUAUCACGUCAGAGGGGCUUUGGAUCCUCGAUGGCGUGAUUUUCAGAGCGGAAAGUGUCAAAGUCGUCUACGCGGUUGGGCAGCAGUCACAAACUGGUGCGUGGCGUGGUGGCACUCAGGAAGAGAAGACGUUGAAGACACGGAGCCUGAAGAGGAGCCUUCUGAUCUUGGCUACGCUACUCCUGUCUCUGUAGAAACGCCACUACAGAGUACGGUUUCUAGAUGUACAUCGUUGAAUGUAAUCAGAGAUCCCUUCGCGGGGCGAGGAGGUUCCGGAGGCUCUAACGCAGACGGAGGUACUUCCCCUCUUAGACGAACUUUUGAGCCUCCAGCUAUUCCCAGCGCACGGGAUAGUCGCUCCUUGCCACCAAACACUAGAAUCAAUACAGCUACCUCACCAGCACCAAAAUCUGCGUCUGCUGACUCAGUCUACACUAUUGUUAUAAGACUACCAGAUGCAGAUACAGAAAGACCCAGCAUCAAAAUGAUCACGGAAGAAUCCCCACCUGCCAACGCGCGAGUAUAUCGUCCUCCCGCAAGAGGUGAUUCCGAACUAAAUCUACACCCAGCUGGCCAUGCUGGUCUUUCAAGAAGAACGUCUCAUAUACAAGACGUUAGAAUACCCUUAAAUGCCAAAAUUAUACCUAAACAAUUAGCCGGUAAAGGCAUUACAACGAAACAACCGAAGAAGAAAAAGACACAAGAGAAAAAACAAGAAACGAAGGCUGCGAAGACGUUAUCCGCUAUUCUUCUAUCGUUCAUUAUAACGUGGACUCCUUAUAAUAUUCUUGUGCUAUUAAAACCUUUAACUGCGUGUGCUAAGUGUAUCCCGGAUGAACUUUGGUCGUUCUUCUAUGCUUUGUGUUACAUUAAUUCAACUAUAAAUCCCGUGUGUUAUGCUCUGUGCAAUGCAACGUUUAGAAGAACAUAUGUUAGAAUUUUAACAUGUAAAUGGCAUAAUAGAAAUAGAGAAGCAAUGACUAGAGGAGUGUAUAACUGAGGAAUAUGAAAGUGUUUAUUUUCUUUCUCAAAAGCGGGCCAUAGACGGACCGCAGUAUGCAGUCAAGACCGACUGCAAUAUGUGGUUUGCUCAGGAACUGCUCGAGCGGUCCGUGUAUUGCGAAUAUGAAUUUAGUACAGAAACUGCAGAUCGCCGUGCGGCGACCGCAUAUUGCAGUCGGUCUUGACUGCAUAAUGCGGUCCGUCUAUGGCCCGCUUAAAAGUAUCAAGAUUCAAAAUUGCCCAAUCUUGAUACUUGAUAAUUUAAUACUUUGUAAAGUUGCUCUAAAUCUUUAGUCAAGUCAAGCUUCGUACAUUUUGAAUCAAUGAAAGCAUUUAUUUCAGUACCUGUAUUCUUAUUUUGUUAGUGAGUUUAUCGUCCCGUCCAAGAGCAAUUUGUUUAAAGUUUGAAUAUUAAUUUAUUAACUAUAAUUAUUAUUAUUCUGUUAUAAGAAGGUGGAUUUUGAGGGAAAGUCAUAAAACGUUAGGUAGGCAACAUUUAAAGAUCAUUGUAAUAAGUAAUUUAAAUCUAGUCUUCUUUUUCUAGUCGAAUAUUAUGGUGUCUCGGUACUGCGUGAGCUUUUAGAGUAAAUGUUGACGAAUUUAGAAGCAAGUACUUUUUGUAAGUUUUACUACAUUCUUUUAAGUGACGAGGAAGCCAAAUAACCGUAUUUAUUUUAUAUAGAUAGUUCAAAGUUAAAUAAAUUUCAUUUUUAACUUUUAUCAACCAAUGUGCCAACAUGUAUCUACGUUGUACAAAUGCCAAAAGUUAAAAUUAAGAGAGAAGAGAGCCUUGUUUGAUGUUUUAUUUAAUAAAUAUAGGUAUUUAUAUUGUAAGCAAUAACAUAAUUACUUUAGAUUUGAAGAGAUCUCGUAUAUCAAUUUGCGACUUUUUCAGUCUAAUACAACGAUAAAAAAUCUUUAUAACCAAACCAAUAUAGUUCCAUAUAAUCGAACUUAUAACGAAACUCAAAUCAAUAGCGUAGCGCAUAUUAUAAUUGAAUCGAUGAUUUUUAUACAUUUUACUAGACAAUAUUAAUGCACUAAGAGGACAUAAAUAAAAAUUGGGAAUUACCCGAAAAUUUAAGUGCUUUUUAGAUACGUCUAGUAUAAUACAUAAAACUCAUUGUUUUAUACGAUUGUGUAUAUAAAUGUAACAUUUGUUUUUAACAGUUUUUUU